GCGGAGGAUACGGUGUAGUCGAGGCUCAGCGGCGGAGUUACGUUAGUUACGUGACUUUUUUUCUCCCCCUCGCUCUCUCUCCCUGUGUGUGUGUGUGUGUGUGUUAGUUGUCGCAGCAGCGCUGGAGGAGUUACUACACGUUUCCCGCAGACGAGGACGAAAUGUGUCCGCGUGAAGCGCUCCGUGAGCGGCAGCAGAGGCAGCAGCGGGAGCAGCGGCAGCGGCAGCAGCGGGAGCAGCAGCAGCGGGGACCCGCGCCGCCUUCUCUGGAGUAAACGAUGGGAACAUGUCUCGCUGUUCAGUGCAGUCAACAGCCGCGGGCAACAAACAUGGCUCCGUGUGCCUUUUUCAAAAUGCUCUAAAAACCGCUGCGCUGACGCCGCUGACGCCGCGGCGCCGCCGCUCGCGGCUCCGGACAAGUUGCGCUAACGGUCGCGACAAGUUGACUCCGGGAACCGCUCGGUACUUUUGAUCUUUGUGAGGAUACACGUUUGUGUGCGGUGUUAGCAGAAGCUACGGAACUAAACACACACACACACACACACACAUACACGCACUCACGCGCACACACACACUGAGGGAGCGCUAUGGAGCCAAAGCACAAAGAGUUGCUCGACCAGUGCCACCAGAACUUACUGGAGUCCAUCACAGACGCGGACCGGGUCAUAGAGCUGCUCGUCGGGUCCGGUGCUUUGAGUCCACUCGACCGGUUCGAGCUGGACCAGAACUGCUCGUCCAGCGCGGAGAAAGUGGACCACCUCCUGAAGAUGCUGGUGAACAAGGAGAGCGACCAUUUCCUGGACCUGUGUGUGGCCCUGGAGAAAGCCUACCCGGACCUGCACGCGGUUCUGUUCGGACACAACGGCACCGGCUGCACCGGCACCGGUACCGGCGGAGGAGGAGCCGUGGAACCGUCCACCGGCUCCACGUACAGCGUUCUGUCCACGAUGCCCUCGGACUCUGAAAGCAGCAGCUCCCUCAGCAGCGUUGGUUCGCCCGUGAACGGCGAAGCUUCCUCGCCACCGCCACUGGUCGUCAACGACAACCGCUCGUCCGGAGACAAUCUGGACACGGUGCUGUUCCAGCUCCGGCAGGUGACCAGGGAGAGGGACGAGCUCCGCAAGCGUCUGGCGUUGGCAUCGCCCGGGACCACCUUCGACGACUGCAGGCCAAAUUCCAAAGCCGGUCAUGACUAUGAGCGUCUGAAGAGUCAGUGCAUGAGGGCCAUGGCAGAUCUCCAGUCUCUCCAGAACCAGCACACCAAAACACUCAAGAGGUGCGAGGAGGCUGUGAAAGAGGCCGACUUCUACCAUAUGCUGCACAGUCGUGUGUUGGGUGAACAGACGCAGCUGAAGGAAGAGAUGGAGACGCUCAGGAGAGACAACUCUCAGCUCGUCCGCGAACACAAUCACCUUCAGCAGAACUGUGAGGAGCUGAGACGACUGCACGGACAAGACCAGAGAGAACUGAGUGACCUGAGGCAGCAGCAACAGCAGGUGAUGAGGGAGAGCGGCUCGUCGGAGGUGCUGAACCAGCUCUACGACACGGCCAUGGACAAACUGGAGGGCGUGAAGAAGGACUACGACGCCCUGAGCAAGCGCUACAGCGACAAGGUGGCCAACCACAACACGGACCUGAGUCGCCUGGAGCAGACGGAGGAGGAGAACCGGCGGCUGCAGAAGCAGACGGACGCGCUGCUCAUGCAGCGAGACUCGGCCGUGCACUACCAGCAGCAGUAUUCCACGUCCGUGAGGAGGUUCGAGACGGUGCAGCAGGAGCUGAACAAGUCGUCGGCCCAGAACAAGGAGCUGCAGCGGGAGAUGGAGCGGCUCCAGUCGGAGGUGACGCGCUACAAGAACCUGCAGCUGAAGUCGGCCAAGGACUGCGACAAGUACAAGGAGGAGCGCGACUCGGUGUUCAACGAGUACCGGCUCAUCAUGAGCGAGCGAGACCAGGUGAUCAAAGAGCUGGACAAGCUGCAGACGGAGCUGGAGGCGGCCGAGGCGCGGCUGAAAAACACGUCGUCUGAGCGCGUGGUGGCCAGCGAGGAGCUGGAGGCUCUGAGACAGGAGCUGAACUCGUCGCUGGUGGACCGCGACAGGGCCAUCUGUGAGAGGAACGAGCUGCUGGAGAAGUACUGCCACGAGGUGAAGGACAAGGCCGAGGCCCAGAAGGAGCUGAGUCAGGCCUGCAAGGACAUCGAGACGGUGCGCGAGGAGAGGGACGUGGCCCGCAAGGAGAGGACGGAGGCCAUCAUUCAGAGGGAUCAGCUGCUCCGGGAAUACUAUCAGGCCAGACAGAAACAAGACUCGGCGACUCUGGACAUGGAGCGAGCCAACAAGGAGAUCGAGAUGCUGAGGAAACAGUACGAGGCCAUGUCCCAGGAGCUGAAGGAGGCCACGCAGGAGGCCGAGGUGGCCAAGUGUCGUCGCGACUGGGCUUUUCAAGAGAGGGACAAGAUAGUGGCGGAGAGGGAGAGCAUACGGACUCUGUGCGAUAACCUGCGGCGGGAGAGGGACCGAGCGGUCAGCGAUUUAGCCGACGCUCUGCGUAAUCUGGACGACAUGAGGAAGCAGAAGAACGACGCGCUGAGAGAACUCAAGGAAAUAAAGGAGAAGAUGGAGAGCCAGCUGGAGAAGGAGGCCCGGUUCUGUCAACUGAUGGCCCACAGCUCUCACGACUCGGCCAUCGACACGGACUCUCUGGAGUGGGAGACGGAGGUGGUGGAGUUUGAGAAGGACAGGGAUGACAUGGACUUGAAGGCACUUGGGUUUGAUAUCACAGACGGGGUAAAUGAUCCAUAUUUACCAGGAGAUUGUGGAAUAUUUGUGACAAGGGUGGACAAAGGAAGUAUUGCAGAUGGAAGGUUAAGAGUGAAUGAUUGGUUGUUGAAGAUCAACGACGUAGACCUGACCAAUAAGGACAGGAAGCAGGUGGUGAAGGCCGUGCUCAGCGGCGGAGGAUCCAUCAACAUGGUGGUACGAAGACGGAAGUCAGUGGGAGGGAGGCUGGUCACUCCUGUCCACAUCAACCUCGUGGGACACAAAGACAGUGGUAUUGGUCUGGAGAGCGGCGUGUUGGUUGCUGCCAUCGUCCCUGGAAGUCCAGCAGCCAGAGAAGGUUCUCUCUCUGUGGGAGACAGACUGAUCGCUAUAAAUGGCAUUGCACUGGAUAACAAAUCAGUGACGGAGUGUGAGGCUCUGCUGCGGAGCUGCAGGGACUCGCUGAGUCUUUCCCUCAUGAAGUUCUUCCCUCACAGCACGUCGGGGCAGAACAUCUUCGAGAGUCUGCGCGACUCUUCAGAGAAGUCCAGCGGGCGCAUUCACCUGUCGGACAUCCACUGCAGGAACGGCCGCAAUCUCAAACACAACAGCUCGACGCAGACGGACAUCUUCUGCUCCGACGCCGGCUCCAGCGUCGGCAGCAUCUCUGAGGAGAGGAGGAAGGUCAGGGGUGAAUCUGAUGAGGUGUACGGGGACGUCCUCAAGCCCUUCUCCAUGGGUUCCCUCCACGCCAUGAGCCUUCGGCCGGUGUCAGACUUGGGCACGGGCCGCUACGGACCCAGCGCGUUCCAGGAGUGCUGCCCUUACUCGAAGGGGCCCUCCUCUUUGCCCUUUGACCCCGUCUCAAACUCGGACUGCGUCACGAUGGAGACGACGUUGGAGAAGAAGCACAGUGGAGGCACGUGGCCCAAGAUGUUGGUGGGCGGGAUGUCGGUCGCCCCGGAUAAUCCCAGUCCGCUCACAACAGCAGCCCAGCUCUCCAUCUACAAAUCACCCAAGCAGAGGAAGUCCAUCUUUGACCCGGACGCCUUCAAGCGCCCCGACACGCCCUCGUCUAAGAUGGAGUACAUGGCGGCCAAUCAGAUCGCGGCAGUAGCUGCCACCGCCGCCGCGGUUUCCCACUCCCCGCAGCCUUCAAAGACCGAGUCCCGCUCCUCCUCGUCCACGCCGACCCCUCCGACCCCGCCCACUCGCAGCGACUCCUUCAAGUUCAAACACAAACACCAGAGCAGCUCUGCGUCCGACUGCACCAUCACCUCGGACGGCAAGGGCGGCGAGCCCGUCAUCGCCAUGGCGACGGGAGAGAGCAGGGAACGCGGCGAGCGGGAGCGGGACAGGAACGGAAACCACUACUUCCUGGAGGGAAAAGUGCUGACGUCACGGAAGUCGUGCGAUGAGGACAUCGGGCGGACCCGAGGGGAGGAGCCUGAGGUGAAGAGGCCACGCCCCAAAUCGGCCCCCGCCCUCCGCCGCAGGAUGACACCUCAGCCCAUCACGUUUCCCUCCUUCCAAAGCUACUCUAACGAUGAACACUCACCGGAGCCCAGGGAGCUGCUGCGCUCCUCACCCAGCCGCACCCACAGGCACAGCGUCGGCUUCGUCCCCACCGUCUACAACGGCGCCCUCCCUCCCAGUUCAGCCCACAGAGGACUGUCUCCCUGCCCCGCGGUCACCGCUGUGAUGAGGAAUCCGGUGUACACCGUGCGCAGUCACCGCGUUCACACCAGCAACUGCCCGUCUGUCGCCUCCCAGAUAUGUCACCAGCACACCCACACCAGCCCGCAGCACCAGGGUCACCUCAGCCUGGACCUGAGUCAGCAGAAGCGCACAAGCGACUUCUCGGAGUCGUCGUCGCGCAGCAGCAGAGCAUCACACGGUACAAACUCACUGCCGUCCAGCGCACGGCUUGUCGUCUCGUCCCGUCUGCUGCCAGGUUCUUCCAGCAACGUCCAGUACCGCGCUGAGAGGAUCAAGAUCCCUUCUACUCCACGUUACCCACGCUCCAUGCUGGGCUCAGACCGAGGCUCCCUGUCACACUCCGAGUGCAGCAGUCCCAGUCUCAUCACGCCGCCGCAGUCGCCGCUCAACCUGGAGACGACGUCAUUCGUCAGCAGCCAAUCACAGGGCUCCAUUUCCACUUUACCACGGAUCUCAGUCAGUCCCGUAACGAUAGGAGAGCGAAGGAAAGACAGAGCUCUUUACCGUAACCGCUCUUUUCUAAGGAUUCCUCCGGCUGCGAGGCCGAGGUUCUCCUCUCUCAGGAGCCUCAGGCCGUACCUGGAGGAACCUCGCAACGUCGUCGUCCAAAAAGGUGCAGAGCCUCUUGGAAUCUCCAUCGUCAGCGGGGAGAACGGAGGAAUCUUUGUUUCAAAGGUUACGGGAGGAAGCAUUGCCCAUCAGGCGGGGCUGGAGUACGGAGACCAGCUGCUGGAGUUUAAUGGUAUCAACCUGCGGAACGCCACGGAGCAGCAAGCUCGUCUCAUCAUCGGCCAACAGUGUGACACCAUCACCAUCAUGGCUCAGUACAACCCACACAUGUACCAGCUGGGAAACCACUCACGCUCCAGUUCUCGUCUGGAGCCAGUCACUGCUCAGCCGAGUCCUCAAGGAAACGGCGCCGCAUCCCCCGACAAUCACUCCAACAUCGAUACGCUCAGCGAACAGGAUGAAGGCACGCUUACUCCCUCCUCCAAGCAGACCACACCCACGACCAGCCCGCAGAACUUCAGCAGGAUGCCGUCUGAGAGCAGCAGGAAGGCGGUGGAGCCGAGGCUUGUGACGGUACGAAGGCCUGGAGUGGAAGUGGGAGUGUCGCUCUGUGGAGGAAACCUACGUGGUGUCUACAUUGAGAGCCUGGAUGAAGACAGUCCUGCCCGAGGCUCUGAUGGACUCCUUCCUGGAGACCUGAUCUUAGAGUAUAACUCAGUGAAUAUGAAGAAUAAAACAGCUGAAGAGGUUUACGUGGAGAUGCUGAAACCCGCAGACGUGGUGACACUGAAGGUGCAGCAUCGACCCGACGACUUCAGUGUCCUCAGAGACUUACCAGGAGACGGCUUUUAUAUUAGAGCACUUUACGACCGCGUCGCCGACGCCGAGGGCGACCUCACGUUUAAGAAAGACGACAUCCUGUACGUGGACGAGUCUUUACCUAAGGGCACCUUCGGGACGUGGAUGGCCUGGCAGCUGGACGAGAACGCUCAGAAGAUCCAGAGAGGACAGAUCCCCAGCAAGUACAUGAUGGACCAGGAGUUUUACCGCAGACACAGCGUGACAGAAAUGAAGGAAGACUCGGCGAAGACUCUGUCGGCCGCCGCCCGCAGGUCGUUCUUCAGGAGGAAACAGAAACACAAACGCAGCAGCUCCAAGGACAGCAAAGAGACGGUGGCUCUGGACGCCAUCAGCACCGACUCCAUCCCCUUCUUUGACGACUGUGUGAGUCUGGCGUACCAGCGCGUCCAGAAGGUGGAGUGCUCGUCCCCUCGGCCGGUGCUCGUCCUCGGGCCGCUCACCGACGCCGUGAAGGAGAUGCUGAUCAAAGAAUCUCCCGGGAAGUUCUGCAGAUGUUUACUCGAGGUGAUGAAGGCGUCCCAACAAGCCAUCGAGCGCGGCGUCAAAGAUUGUCUCUUCAUCGACUACAAACGCAGGAGCGGCCAUUUUGACGUCACCACCGUUGCUUCGAUAAAGGAAAUCGCAGAAAAGGGCUGCCACUGUUUACUGGACAUCGCACCACACGCCAUCGAUCGGCUGCACAGUGUUCACAUUUAUCCAAUCGUUGUUUUCAUUCGCUACAAAAACGCCAAGCAGAUAAAGGAGCAGAAAGAUCCGGUUUAUCUGCGGGACAAAGUAUCUCAGAAACAUUCCAAGGAGCAGUUUGAAAGUGCACAGAAGAUCGAGCAGGAGUACAGUAAAUUCUUCACAGGUAUUGUCCAGGGCGGCUCCCUCCCGUACAUUUGCACUCAGAUCAUGACGAUCGUCGAUCAAGAACAGAGUAAAGUCCUGUGGACUCCACUUGGCUGCCCCUAGAGGAGACUGGCUGCCACUGCAGGCUGUGUCUCUUCACCUCCUCCACCCCACCACCCCCCACCCCCGAACACUAAUUCACUCGUUCACACUCUACCAGUAGGUACACGACAGCCAGCUAGUUAUGUAAAUUAUUCUUGCUAUGUUUUGUAUUUUUUGUCUUUGUUAUGAUUAAUAAUCAACUCCGCCUUUUUCUUUCUGACGUACGAGCAGGUUUAGUAGCACUGGAUCAUCUUGACGUUAAAAGUUCGAGUCUUCCCGAAAGAUUUUCUGGUGGUGUUUUUUUUUUAUUAUGUGUCGCUGCGAUGUUAGCAUCUGUUUACAGUCAAAAAAAAAAGUAUUGAUGUUGGAUAUUUGUUUUGAAUGCGUGUCCCUUCCCUCGCGUCCCCGACCCUCAACACUAAUGAAGUCCGGCGCCCCCUACUGACCAACCUGUGUAGCAAACAGGGCUGUCUCUCUUUUAUCCGACAUUCGUAUUUUCCUUCAAACUUCAAAUACGUUUUUAAAAUGACGGUUUACAGCCCAGGAGUGCAGCAGACUGUCUGGAGUAAGUACUGUGUGGUCCAGCAGAGGGCGCUGUGAUGAGCACAGCUUGGCCUAUCGGUAAAAUGGAGGACACAAGUUAAAGUUAAAUCGUCCUCCUGAGAGAAAAUCUGCUGAUUCAUGAAUGGAAAUCUGAUGACUUGCGGUGGAAAUCUGCUGACUCACCGGUUAGCUUAGCUGUUAGCUUCACCCCUAAGGCAAGUGUUCACCCCAAAUACUGCAUAUAAAAAUGGACAUAGCCUCUUUGUUUGAAAAGUGAGGCCAGAAUUAGGACAGAAGUAGCAACUCGCCACCAGUGGGCGUUUAAGAUAUUAGUGAACAAUUUUCGGGUAAUUUUUAAAUUAUGUUCCAAUUUUUUAAGGAAAUCGGACGAUAAAACAUGACGACUACUUUUUGAACACAGUGUAUGGUUCAGUGUCAUGUGACGUUGAAUAUAAUCAGCGAUAGUAAAUAAUAAUGUUGCACGUGUAAUGUGAGUCUGAAAAAGUGGCAGCCCUGUUAGCAAAAUGACUUUUGUGGUUUCCCAUAAUUAUGCACCCGUUUGACGAUGACUGACAACUAUUUGUGUUUGUCUCGUGUGUGUGUGUGUGUGUGAGUGUGUGUAAACGUGUGUGUGACAGUUUUUGCCGUUGAGUUGAACCACGGUUGUCUGUCCGUGCGAGUACGACACUAUAGAAAUGAAAUGCUAGGAUCAGACAUCGCGUUCUCUAGAGUACGUAGCUCCCGCUUUUCUUGUUUUUAAACCUCACUGCCAGCAGUAAACGGCCAGGAAAACUUAAAAAAAAAACAAAAAAACACUACAAACACAUGGAUGUUUGCUCUAUGCAUUGUUGUUUCUAUAGUAACCAGGUGAGGCAACUGUUCACGGGGCCGUUUCGGAAGUGCCUUUGGUGAAGAGGCGCCUGAUCUGAAACCAGCCCCGGGUCACUUUAGCCAAAAGAUUAAAGGUCCAGUAUGCAACGCUCUGCCUCCCAACAUGUCGGGGAAACUACGUAAUAUCAGCUUACAUGUGUGUAUAUGUAUAUAUAU